CAACCAAGGCUAAUCCGUCUGUUGUUGUCUGUAGGCGGACAAAAAAGCGAAGCAGGAAGUACGUGACGGUGAAACAUCUCACUCCGCCUCCUUCUACCGUCUCUGUGCGCUAGCUACGGCAAGUCGUUAGCCUCAUUCCUGUAUUUAGAUCACCGGCAAUGAGCUUCCUGGUUUAGAGUAAGUAAAAACAAAUAAAAUGUGACAUUUAUUACAAAAGUAGAGAAACAGCCGGCUUGCUCUUUGUGCCCAAAUGUCAGUGAUUAGCAUCGCUGCUAAACGCGGCUUGUCGCUCAAGAUAAUUCGUCCUUGGUGUAACCUACUAACAAACUCUGCAAGCAGCACACGUGUGACAUGUCUGUGGAGCUCUACCAAGGUACCAGAGGCUGCAACAUGGGAACCAGUGCCAGAGAGCCAGCUUCCCCCGCCUGUCCAAGUCCCCGCUGACCUGGUGGACAAACUGGAGCGACUGGCCUUAGUGGACUUCCGCACCAAACAGGGUCUGGACUGUUUGGAGAAAGCUAUCCGGUUUGCAGAUCAGCUCCACGUUGUUGACACAUCGGGGGUUGAACCGAUGGAUUCAGUUCUGGAGGACAGGGCUUUAAACCUGAGGGGUGACGCAGUGGUGGAAGGGGACUGUGCUGAAGAACUGCUUCAACUAUCCAAAAACACAGUCGAAGAAUAUUUUGUAGCGCCUCCAGGAAAUAUUCCUCUACCGACGAGGGAAGAGAGGACUGCCAUGCUGAAGCACUCAGAGUUCUGAUGUUUAUGCAUUUAUAUUUUAUAUUUAUUACAAAACCUGCCAGUCAUGCUUUGAUGUUUUUUGUUUUUUUCUGUUUCAUUUUACACCUGUGGUAAAAAUCUCUUUUUAGUUUCAGUAUCAUUUCCUUAACAUUGUGUUGGCAGCCUGCAACAAUGACACACUGUGCUUACUUUGUUCUGAUUUGGGAUUUACUGAAUAAUCUUCAUCUUCAAGCCAUGAUCUUUUCAUCUCUUUCUGUUUUGUUUCCAGAUAAACUUUUUUUUAAUAAAUGGCUAAAAAUAGA